AUGGGCCAUCUCGAGGAAGAGGUCCGUCGUCGUCGGUCUUCUGCUGACUCAAAAGCCAGCAGCAACGACAGUUCGACACCGACGACGUCAGCGCGAAAAACAUCUGAUUCCAGACCCCACGAGAAGAUUGUUCACCAUCCACAAGAUUCACUGUUCAGCACUAGCUCAGGGUUUACGAACUACCGAGGAUUCUUCAAUUUAGCAAUGCUUUUACUGAUAGUGUCAAACGGUCGCCUGGCACUGGAAAAUGUUAUAAAGUACGGUAUUUUGAUUUCGCCGCUACAGUGGUUAUCCUUCAUGAUAGUGGAAGGAUCGGUUUGGAAUUGGCCUAAUCUUGCACUUGUUCUCCUUUCAAACAUCACAAUAUUAACUGUUUUUGUAACGGAAAAAAUACUUGAAAAAGGUUACCUUGGUAACUAUUUCGCUGGUGUGUUUUAUCCUUUACUUAUUGUUGCACACUUAUUUUUCCCCGCCGUUGUAACACUUCUUCUAAAGGACAAUCCAUUGUGCUCAGUUUGUGCCUUAUCUAUUUUUGUUAUUGAAUCACUCAAACUGGUCUCAUAUGUGCACGUGAAUUAUUGGUGUAGAUGUACACGGUCGGAAUCGGUUAUGGAAUGUGUUGCUGAUUAUGACUUCUGGGAAUUUGUAUCCACUACAAAAAUGACCUCACUUUAUCCUGGCAGCUUGACCUUGUGUAAUCUCUAUUACUUUAUGCUAGCACCAACUCUUUGCUAUGAAUUGAAGUUUCCUCUGUCUGUCCGUCGAAGGAAAACUUUUCUUAUAAAACGAUUCAUUGAGAUGUUCUUUCUCACCUUUCUAAUAGCGGCGCUUAUACAACAGUGGGUAGUGCCAACAGUUCACAACAGUAUGCGGCCACUGAGUGAGAUGGAGAUUGGAAGGUGUCUCGAAAGACUGCUGAAACUAGCAAUCCCAAAUAUCAUUAUUUGGUUAAUCUGUUUCUAUGCAAUAUUCCACGCUGCGUUGAACUUCUUGGCAGAGGUAUUGAGAUUUGCGGACAGAGAGUUUUACCGUGACUUCUGGAAUUCGGAGACCAUUCAGUAUUUUUGGCGCACCUGGAACAUACCUGUACAUCGCUGGGCUACCAGGCAUAUUUACUUGCCGAUGAUGCGAAACAACUAUAGCAAAAUAAGCGCCACGAUUGUUGUGUUCUUUGUAUCGGCCUUCUUUCACGAAUAUUUGGUAUCUGUCCCACUACACAUGUUUCGAUUAUGGGCUUAUUACGGUAUGAUGGCUCAACUUCCCCUUUCGUUCAUUACAGAUCAUGUUAUCAAAGGUGGUCGGGCAGGUAACGUUGUUGUCUGGCUUUCUCUGAUUCUUGGACAACCACUUUGUAUCUUGAUGUACGUACAUGACUGGUAUGUUAUUCACCAAGCAGUCACAGCUGCUCCACCCACCACCUAA